UGUUUGUAUACGAUCUUGUUUUUAGUGACACUUCGUUAUUUUGCAUACUCUCAUAUGAUAGUCGUGAUGGAAUAUGUAAAAAUGAUAUAACUGAUUCAAGAAGAAAAUUACAAGUUGUUUUUCCACAUUGUGUUAGACAUGUGCAAAAAUGAAUGUGGUUUUUUGCGUGUUGUUUUCGUUAAUUACUUGUACAUGGUGCGAACUGUUGACGCUGAGAAGUGGAACGAUUAAUGGAACUGUUGGAAAGUCGAAAAAUGGCCGUUCAUUUCAUCAGUUUUACAGCAUUCCUUACGCUGAGCCACCAGUAGGAGAGUUAAGAUUUAAGGCUCCAAUCGCGGCUAAAUCAUGGUCUGAAAUCAGAGAUGGUUCCAAAUUACCUCCGAGAUGCAUCCAACCACCAUCAUUCAUAACUCCUCGUGGUUCUGGCGAAAUGAAAGAAGACUGCCUUUACUUGAAUGUUUUUGUACCAAGUGAUUUAUUCAAACCCUCCGGUAAAGCUGCAGUUAUGGUGUGGAUUCAUGGAGGAUCUUAUCAAAUUGGUGUCUCGAGUGAUUACAAUCCUGAAUAUUUUAUGGAUAAAAAUGUAAUCUUUGUUACAGUUAAUUAUCGUCUGGGAGUCUUAGGCUUCUUGGGACUGAAUGACGAUGUAAUUAGCGGUAAUUUCGGACUAAAAGAUCAAGCACUAGCGUUGCAAUGGAUCAGAGAAAAUAUCGCGGUAUUUGGGGGUGAUCCUGAUAAAGUCACAUUGAUGGGAGAAAGUGCUGGUUCGGCUUCUGUACAUUUACACAUGUUCUCUCCUCUCAGCAAAGGACUAUUUCAAAAAGUGAUUCUGCAAAGUGGCAGUGCUUUUUCUGAUUGGGCUGUUUCCGAUAGUGGAUUUGGGGAAAGCCUUUCAAUCACAUUUUUAGUCGUUUCUGGAUGCUGGCGAAAUGAUUCUGUUAGGAUUUUAAAAUGUCUGCAGCAUUUGCCAGUGGACGAUUUCCUCACUUUGAGAAGUAAAUCAGUGCCUCGAUAUGCCACUGAAUACGGAGUAUUAUUUAAACCCAUAAUCGAAUCGAAUGUCAAGAAUCAAUCUUUUUUGCCUCGAAAAAUUGAUAAAUCGACGUACCAGAGCAAUGUACCUUGGAUUACGGGAAUAAAUUCCGGUGAAGGAGCGAUGGCAUUGAUGAGUCUUGUAAAGAAAGGAGGGUUAUUGGAGAAUGUUACGAAAGUGGAGACAAAAUCCCUCGCUCCUUUUUUGGGGCGAUAUCUUUUCUCUCUAGCUCCCGAAAACAUUGAAUAUGCUGCCCAAAAAAUCAUCAACUUUUACUUCAGUUCCCAAGAUGCUGAAACAAACAAGGCGCUGAAAUUUGUUGAUAUUUUUACAGAUUAUGCCUUUUUUUAUCCUUUUGUGAAGGCAGUUCAAUCGAAUGGGGAACAACAAUACGUGUAUUAUUACGAUCAUAGGGGAUCAUUUUCAUGGCAAGAUUACGUCAAAUUGGAUAUAGAUCUUGGUGUUGCACAUGCCGACGAGAUCCCCAUAUUAUUCCGUAGAAAAAAUUUAGAAGAAAAAUGGACUCCAGGAGAUUGUGUGGUAUCAGAAACCUUGAUAAAAUUUUGGACUGAAUUUUCCAGAACUGGCGAUCCUAACGGAGAAUCUGAAGAAAAGGUAUGGAAGCCCACCAGUUCCGAAGGUGUUAUCGAAUAUUUGCAUAUCAAAAGCAACAGUACAAUAAUGGAAAAAAAUCUUCUGAAAGAGAGAUACGAUUUUUGGGAAUCCUUGAAAGCGGAAUUAAACGAAAGAAUAAAAUAGAAUUCCUGGAAUUCAGUACUACAUAUCUCCAUAAAUGUUUGAAAUAUUGUUUAGAGCCUCUAGGAAUUUAGUUUACAGUUGCCCGUGUCUGACCCAAAGAAUCGCAAUUUUAGCAGGUCCAGCAGGAUUUCGAUAAUGAUUUUUUUUUUUUGCCAAAUUGCUACUUAUAAUACAAUCGAAAAAGAACACAACGGAAAAUGAUUAGAUAUGGUCAAACCUGGACAUACGAGUAGCUUAAAUCGAAUUUGACUCAACAGAUUUCACCAAAUCUAAUCAGAAUUACCAUCAGAUGUGGUCAAAUCAGAAUUGAUCGGAUUAAAUCUCUUCAGAUCCGAUCAAAUCCAAUCAUUUCCCGGAAGUGAAAUAGGUGGAUAAUCAUCUAUAGGAAUUUCAAUGAAACUGAUAUUUAAAAAUGUAGAACAUGAUUUUUUACUUUUUUCAUCAUAAUCUGAAACAUGUGAAAGCCGUAGAAUUUCAGAAAUAUUUGAGGCAUCUUAGAUUUACCCGCACGCCGCAAAGUUUCAAUAAUAAUGAGUGAGAUAGGGGGUUGAGUGAACAGGAUGGGAGGAGGGGGGUAAAUUCAAAAUGUGUUAUUAUUUCCCCAAAAAAUCGACACUUUUAUUUAUUUUAUUAUGUACCUAAUGAAAUAGAUAAAAGUGUCGAUUUUUUGGGGAAAUAAUGACAUAUUUUGAAUUUACUCCCCUCCCCCACCCUUUCCGCUCAACCCCCAUCUCACUCAUUGUUAUUAAUACUUUGCGACAUUCGGGGAAAAUCCAAGUUGCCGCCCCUGUUGGAGAUUCCGUAUCAAUACCUGGAUACGCAAAAAAAAAUCAAAAUGUUUUCAUGGACUCGUAAUUUAUUUACCUAUACGAGUAAUACCUAGGUACCUACCUAUUUGUUUCAAAAACCAAUAAUGUAAAAUAACUGCUUAUCUACUCUUACACGCAAAUAAGUACCUACCUAUGUACUUAGGUACCAAUAAGUAAGUAUAACUUGAAAAUAAAGUGAAUCAUUUACUUCCUUA